AUGUCAGCGCAACAACGCCCAAUCCUGCCGAAACCACUUCACGCAGCCGGCUCUGCUGGCGACGGCGAUGGUUUCGGAGGUGGCCCACCAGGCGCGCAUCGCCCGCUGCCGCCGCCUAGGAGAAAUACGAAAGCAGCAUGUGAGAUGUGUCGGAAAUCCAAAGUCAGGUGUACGGGUGAGCGCCCAGUCUGUUCGCGCUGCCAAAGUCGAGAUCUGGAGUGUGUCUAUCUCGCCGGCUACUUUGAGACCCAAGUGCAGGCCCUCAAGCGCAAGCACGAGGAGUCGCAGCAGGAGCACUUCGUCUACAAGGAACUCUACCGACUCCUCGUCACCGUGAACGAGCCUGAGUCCUUUGACAUCCUCCAGCGACUGCGGGCUGGCACGGAUGUGGAGACCAUCGUUCGUCGCGUCCAGGAGGGUGACCUCCUGCUGCAGCUCUCCCUGAGGCCAGAAUCCCGCUUCCGAUAUCAGUUCCCAUAUCUGCCCUCAAUGCCUGCCGCUUUGCAGACUUCUGACAAUCCGUAUCUUGGAUCCUUUCUGUACGAAGGCACCAUGCAAGGGUUUCGUCAAUUUUCGCCGCAGUCGCUGUCGACCGCUGAGGCGGCGCAGGCCUGGAGCUACAGCCACAUUUACCUGAAGCCGUAUCACGCCGCGGAACUUAUAGAUGGUCGGCUUGCAUCUGUCAAGGCAUCUAAUUGGACUUCGGUGACAAAAGAUGAUAAUCUCUUCCGGCAGCUACUGCGUGCAUACUUCAUUCACGAGUACUGUGUGGCCCCUGCUUUCCACAAGGAUUAUUUUCUAUAUGAUUUGGCUCGAGGAAAAGGCCAUUUAUGCUCGCCACUACUCGUCAACUCUGUCAUGGCGAUAGGAAGCCACUGCAACCGCAGCAUCGCCUUCCGAUCCCAAAUAUGGAACCCUCAGAACAUCGGCUACAGGUUCCUGGUGGAAGCCAGACGGCUUUGGGAGCUGGAAGACCUUGAUAAUCCAAAGUUGACCACUUUCCAGGCGACGAUUCUCUUGAGCCUGGCGUACAAUAGCCACGGCAUGGACAAGAUCGGCGACAUCUUCCUGCGGCACGCCGUAUCGAUGGCCAGGAAAAUGGACCUCUUCAAGCCCAACCCAGCCAUAAAGAGCUCCAGGGUACAAAGGGCGCGCGAGUUCACCGCGUGGGCUUUCUAUAACUUUCAAACUGAGCCGCCGGAGGUGGCCCUCCCAGACCCAGACGUAGACCCGGGCUGGUACGGCGAGUUCGCCCUCAUGUACGCGCCGAGUACGGCGCCGACGCCGAUGCACUGGCCGCACACGUUCCGGGCCAUGUGCUGGCUGCGGGUUAUCAUGAACCAGGUCGCGCAGGAGACCUUUGGGGACCACCACCCACAGGCCGUGACGGGUCUGCCGCAGGAGACGGCGCUGGAGAUACAGUCGCGCCUUGAGGAGUGGUAUGGGAGCCUGCCCGGACCAUUGAGGCCGCAGACGGCUGUGUUUCCGUGUCACCUGAGACUUCACCUCGAAUACUUCGCCAUGUACAUCACCCUCGCCACGACGGUGAUCGAGGAGCAAACAGAGGUCCACGCGGAAACAGACCUGGAGAGCGCGGACGCGGCGCCGGUGGCGCGCAGCGGGCCCGUGGCGAUGCGGAACCUGGAGACGGUGGCGCGGCUGUACUACAUGCGGCACGGGUUCGAGGCGUGCGACAGCUUCAUGACGUACUUCCUGGCGCUGCUGGCCAGCAUCUCGCUGCGGGCGCUCGAGGGCAGCGGCGACGGGGCGCGGCUGUCGCCCGGGCGCGGGCGGCCCGAGGUCCUGCGCUCGACGCUCGUCCUCGCCAUGAAGGGCCUGCGCGACCAGGGCCGCCACCUGCACGUCUGCAAGGUGCUCUUCCGCCUGCUGCGCGACCGCCUGCCGCCCGUCGAGGCCGACAUCCUCGGCCGCUUUGUCGGAGCCCCGGGCGAGGGGAGCGCCGCCGGCAGCAGUGCCAGCGGCGGCGCGUCCGCCGAGGCCGAGGAAGAAGAGGAGGAAAGGGAGGCUGACCUGGCGCUGCACACGCGGUCGCGGUUCCCCGUGCCGGUCGUCAAGAUGGGGGAGGACCUCAACGCGUCGAUUCUGGAGAACCUUGUGGAGCAGUACCAUGCUGUCAGCCUGGAGAGCAGUGAUAGUAGUGGUUCUGGGAAUGGUCAGGAUGAGACGAUGAUGGUGGUGUAA